AUGACCAGUAAAAUGACCGAUUCAGCCGAUACAACAUUUUUGGCUAAACUGUUUCCGGUCCGACUAUUACUUCUUCUUUCCGGCACCGCAACAUUAGGUCUAGUUAGUAGCUACGAGAAUUAUGAUAUCCUGGAUGGCGAUGUUAUUAAUCUUCCAAUUGGUAAAUUUCCGGAACCGGAAUGCAAAUAUCAUGUGCGCUAUCGGGAUCGCAAUGGUUCCGAGCUAAAAAGGCAAGUUGAAAUUGGCGAACCCGUUUACCAUCACUGGACGUGCAGCUAUGGCCAGCAGCAUACCAGCCUCUACUGUAUUUUAGUUAAUAACUGUACAGUUUCAAAUUCUCGACCACUGGUACCACCAAUUGCAAUUAUCGAUGAAUUCGGGUGCUCAUUGUUCCCGAGCAUUUUGCCUCACGUGGAAUAUAAUGGUGAUCUCGAAGGUGGUCUCAAAACAAGUGCAUUUUCGCUGGAUAUGGAUGAGGUAUCAUUUAUAGAAUUUUUGUCUCAUUCGGUUCUUGUAAUCAGCUAA